CAAACACAAACAAACACAAUCAUAGUAUUACAAAAAUCUAGCUACCAAAAUCAGAGUUGCUUACAUGGCUUCCGACCGCAGUUUACAGAUUCAAAUCUUUGUCUUGCUGGCUCUUGCAGCCACAGCGUUCUCAACAACACUGUCUCCUCAUUUCUAUGACGGAGUGUGUCCGCAAGCUUUGCCAGCUAUCAAACGAAGGGGGCUGCUGCAGUCGGAUCAAGCGCUCUUCAGCGGUGGCUCCACCGACGCAAUUGUAAGGAGUUACAAGUCUAAUCCUGAAGCCUUCUGGGCAGACUUUGCGAGGUCUAUGAUCAGGAUGGGGAACAUUAAGCCUUUGACCGGAACUCAAGGACAGAUUCGGGAUAACUGCCGGAGGGUGAAUUGGUGAAAUUUAAAGCAACCUCGGUUUGUGGUCUAAAAGUUCAUUGUUUAUUUUUUUAUUUUUUUGGAAAUCGGUAAAUUAAUUUCAUGAGAAGUAAGUGUUGCAAAUUGAAUCGAAAUGGUUGAUUGAGUGUCAAAUUAAAUUCUCAAGUGUGGA